UCUCGCGAGAACGUUCCGUUCCUGCGCAGUUCUCGCGCUGCAGCCCUGCUCCUGUCGCAACGGGAGCCUUCGAGAGCUUCUCCGCCCCCGCUACCGGCGCCUCCUCUGCUGCCGCGGAGCCGGAGCCGGCCUGAGCGGCGGAGGCUCGUCGUCUUCAGGGACCCAAGCACCCUCGUGGACGGUCGCCCGGCUUCGCCCGCCUGUCCGCGGCGCCCCGUCAGCCCACGCGGCUCGCCCUUUCCACGCGCCAACCCCGCCGGGGUCCGUGUGCAGUGUCGGCGGCCGGCCCUGGGCCCGAGCCCGAGCAGUAGCCGGCGCCAUGUCGGUGGUGGGCAUAGACCUGGGCUUUCAGAGCUGCUAUGUCGCUGUGGCCCGCGCCGGCGGCAUCGAGACGAUCGCUAACGAGUAUAGCGACCGCUGCACGCCGGCUUGUGUUUCUUUUGGUCCUAAGAAUCGUUCAGUUGGAGCAGCAGCUAAGAGCCAGGUUAUUUCCAAUGCCAAGAACACAGUUCAAGGCUUUAAAAGAUUUCAUGGGCGUGCAUUCUCUGAUCCAUUUGUGGAAGCAGAAAAAGCUAAUCUUGCGUAUGAUGUUGUGCAGUUGCCCACUGGAUUAACGGGCAUAAAGGUUACAUAUAUGGAAGAAGAGCGGAAUUUUACCACCGAGCAAGUGACUGCUAUGCUUUUGUCCAAACUGAAGGAGACAGCAGAAAGUGUUCUUAAGAAGCCUGUGGUAGACUGUGUUGUUUCAGUUCCUUGUUUCUAUACUGAUGCAGAACGCCGGUCAGUGAUGGAUGCCACACAGAUUGCUGGUCUCAAUUGCCUGCGGUUAAUGAAUGAAACAACUGCAGUUGCCCUUGCAUAUGGAAUCUAUAAACAAGAUCUUCCUGCCUUAGAGGAGAAACCAAGAAAUGUAGUUUUUGUAGACAUGGGACAUUCUGCCUAUCAAGUUUCCGUGUGUGCAUUUAAUAGAGGAAAACUGAAAGUUUUGGCGACAGCUUUUGAUACAACACUGGGAGGCAGAAAAUUUGAUGAGGUGUUAGUAAAUCACUUCUGUGAAGAAUUUGGAAAGAAAUACAAGCUAGACAUAAAAUCUAAAGUCCGUGCUUUAUUACGACUGUCUCAAGAGUGUGAGAAACUCAAGAAACUGAUGAGUGCGAAUGCUUCAGACCUCCCUUUGAGCAUUGAAUGUUUUAUGAAUGAUAUUGAUGUAUCCGGAACUAUGAAUAGAGGCAAAUUUCUGGAGAUGUGUGAUGAUCUCUUAGCAAGAGUGGAGCCACCACUUCGUAGUGUCUUGGAACAAUCCAAGUUAAAGAGAGAAGAUAUUUAUGCAGUGGAGAUAGUUGGUGGUGCCACACGAAUUCCUGCAGUGAAAGAGAAGAUCAGCAAAUUUUUUGGUAAAGAACUUAGUACAACAUUAAAUGCAGACGAAGCUGUCACUCGAGGCUGUGCGCUGCAGUGUGCAAUCUUAUCACCUGCUUUCAAAGUGAGAGAAUUUUCUAUCACUGAUGUCGUGGCAUAUCCAAUAUCUUUGAGAUGGAAUUCUCCUGCUGAAGAAGGGUCAAGUGACUGUGAAGUCUUCCCCAAAAAUCAUGCUGCUCCUUUCUCCAAAGUCCUCACCUUUUAUAGAAAGGAACCUUUCACUCUUGAGGCCUACUAUAGCUCUCCUCAGGAUUUGCCCUAUCCAGAUCCUGCUAUCGCUCAGUUUUCAGUUCAGAAAGUCACUCCACAGUCUGAUGGCUCCAGCUCAAAAGUGAAAGUCAAGGUUCGGGUAAAUAUCCAUGGCAUUUUCAGUGUGUCCAGUGCGUCCUUAGUAGAAGUGCACAAGUCCGAGGAAAAUGAGGAGCCGAUGGAGACUGAUCAGAAUGCAAAGGAAGAAGAGAAGAUGCAAGUGGACCAGGAGGAACCACACACUGAAGAGCAGCAGCCACAAACACCAGCAGAAAACAAGGUGGAGUCUGAGGAAAUGGAGACCUCUCAAGCUGGAUCAAAAGAUAAAAAGACGGACCAACCACCUCAAGCCAAGAAGGCAAAAGUGAAGACCAGCACUGUGGACCUGCCCAUCGAGAGCCAACUCCUGUGGCAGCUGGACCGAGAGAUGGUCGGCCUGUAUACAGAGAAUGAGGGUAAGAUGAUCAUGCAGGAUAAACUGGAGAAGGAACGGAACGAUGCCAAGAACGCGGUGGAAGAAUAUGUGUACGAGAUGAGAGACAAACUUAGUGGUGAAUAUGAGAAGUUUGUGAGUGAAGAUGAUCGUAAUAGUUUUACCUUAAAAUUAGAGGAUACUGAAAAUUGGUUGUAUGAAGAUGGAGAAGACCAACCAAAGCAAGUUUAUGUAGACAAAUUGGCUGAAUUAAAAAAUCUAGGUCAGCCUAUUAAGACACGGUUCCAGGAAUCUGAAGAAAGACCAAAAUUAUUUGAAGAACUAGGGAAGCAAAUCCAACAGUAUAUGAAAGUGAUCAGCUCUUUCAAAAACAAGGAGGACCAGUAUGAGCACUUGGAUGCCGCCGACAUGACGAAGGUAGAGAAGAGCACCAAUGAGGCGAUGGAGUGGAUGAAUAACAAGCUGAACCUGCAGAACAAGCAGAGCCUGACGCUGGAUCCAGUUGUCAAGACAAAGGAGAUUGAAGCUAAAAUUAAGGAGCUGACGAGUAUUUGCAGUCCUAUAAUUUCAAAGCCCAAACCCAAAGUGGAACCCCCAAAGGAGGAGCCAAAACAUGCUGAGCAGAAUGGACCAGUGGACGGCCAAGGAGAUAACCCAGGCCCCCAGGCGGCUGAGCAGGGUGCAGACACAGCUGUGCCUUCUGAUGCAGACAAGAAGCUUCCCGAGAUGGACAUUGAUUGAUUCCAACAUUUGUUUAUAUUAAAACAGACUAUUAUAAAGCUUUAAGUUGUCAACUUUGUUCUAAAUAUCAACUAGAGCAAGCAAAUACUGGAGAUUUCUUAGUUUUUAGGGGAUCUUGGGGGUGGGGUAUAGGUAAUGUACGGAGCAUUUUGACUUCUAAAUAGUUAGAUCCAGAGAUAGAGUGCACACUCUCUCUUUCUCUCUCUCUUCAUUAUGGUCCUGUUUAAGAGCUCAGCUAGUCUUUCUGAACGCCUGCCUUCCUCCUUUGUGUUUUAAUCAUGCUUCUACAAGAUGAAGUGUGUUGGGAAAGCUGAGCUCUAGCAAAAGCUUUGACAGCCACCAGGCAGGCUUUUCUUUAUACAUGACAGAAGCUCACAUUACGCUUGUAAAGUCUGAGUGGAGAUCACCACCAGCAUUCUCAUCCUGUAGCAGGUCUGUGGCUGGCACUUCCUCCAUUUCUGAGGGCCAGAGCCUGGGCAAGCAUGGAUUAACAUGGAGUGCAGAGCACAGCAGGGCCUGCUCUGAGGCCUCAUGGCUCUCCAUUCCCAGCUCUGUCUCCCUUCUCCCUCAGCAAGCAGUUAUAAAUGCCACAUGUCCUCUUCACUUAGAGCGAGCUUUAGCGAAUCAAGGGACUUGGAUGCAGUAGCUUCCCAUACUUCCCUAAAGUAAAUUUGCUAAUCCUGAAGCAUCGAAGUAUAGUUUUCCCUUCAGGUUAGGUUGUAGAGAACACGGUUGGGUGUGGGCUUGGCGAAUCUGAGCUAUCCAUCCUUGCUUAUUAUGGUGGAAAGAUUUGUACCCUGACCUGCUCAAGUGGGAGAUGAUGUGUGUAAAUUAGAGAAUUGGACAGAAGAAGAUGAGAGUUCAAGAUUCUUAGCUCAUUUGCCAUCACCUGUGUUACUGUUAAUAUGUGUCAUGAAUCUGCCAAUCUGUAUGUUACAACAGCUGACAGAUUGUAAGCGAUUGCAUCGAUUGCUCUGGAUGAGUCUGAAAUUAGUGUUGAGGUGCUCAAGGUCACAGGAAUGCCUCACUGUUGACUGCAGACAGUGUGGGCACUACACAUUUCCUGGGGCAAGUCUACAGGAAGGAGAUGUUCUGGAAACAAAGGGAUGCCUGCAGUAGAGGGCAGAGUUGGUUACCUGCCUUAGUUACAAGUGUUGGUGGUUAUGUUCUGGGUCUUUGUAAUCACUGAUCUCUGUAACAGAGCCUCUCUGUUCAUUUUUGCUUGUUGGAAAUAAGCUUAAAACCAUGCAUAGUUCAAUUCACUAUGCUUCUGUCUGUCUGCACAGAAAGUGCUGUAGCCCUCAAGUGUUCUAUAGGCAGUUGAUGGGAGAGGGGGGCAAGAAGUCAAGUAAGUGACUGGAUGCCCACUCAGCACAAGCCUGGAGCCCCAGGCCGGGUGUGUGCUUUGCUGAAGGAGUGCCUGCCGGUCCCGCUGGGAGGCCCAUAGCUGUUUCAAGUGCAGGCAGCAGGAUUAAGCCAACUCUUAUGCAACUUGACUGUCUUUAAUGACCAUUUCUCAUAAACAUUUGUGUGUGGGGGUGGGAGGGUUCGGGGGUUGGGGUGGGAAUGAAUUUGAAGUUUAAAGUUAAAGCUAGAAAUUAGAUGGUCUGCUUCUGCUGUCAAGACAGAUUGGAUUUAUGUGGAGGCAGGCCAGAGUGGCAACUGAUGACUUGUGUGCAGACAAGCAUUUAUCCAGGUUGCGUUACCCAAAUUGGUUUGUUAAAAACUCAAGGUCACAUUCUUACACUAAAAAACAGUAAACAUGAGACAAAGUUUAGGAAAAACUAAUAAAAGAAACCUGUCUUAACUCGAA